CAGUCGCUGGACGAGGAGGAGGACACUAGGGAGGAGGAGGAGGACACUAGGGAGGAGGAGGAGGAGUCUAGGGACGAGGAGGCUUCGACGGAGAUGGCUCCGAAGAAGUUGCGGAUUCGUGGGGAAGCGCAGGUUCCCGAUGAGAGUAAGGAACCUGCUACGGAGGAUGAGAAGUGGCUCCUUGUCCCAGGACGGAUAGAGAAUUUCACAUACACGGGGAAGAAUGUCCGCGUGCCGGGGAGUCUGAUUGGAGCUGCUAUUAGGAAGUACUGGCCGGGGAUGUACACUCCGAUCCUUGGGGGCGAGUCCAAGCUAGCCUACACUUGGGAAGACUAUGAGAUAGCGCCUUACCCUGGCUUUGCUUCCGCCGCCGACGCCGUGAUCAAGAAGUUUUGGCGCAAUUAUAGGGUGGCGACUGAGCAUAAGGAUAGGGCGGACGUGGUGCUCCGUAACAUGUGUCGGAAGUUGACACGGCAGCGAGUGGUACAACCGAGAGGAUCACGUGCAUCGGCCACUUCUAUGCUGAGCAGGGCGUCGAGACUCUCUCCUCUCCUGGCUAUCUCCCAAAUCUGGAACUCCUCUCUGAUGGCCACCAGCGUCUGUAUGGGGUCUUUCUGUUCCCGCACAUUCCCGAACACCCUUGCAUUCCUCUGCUUCCAUAAUGUCCAUGCCGUGAUAAUGACCAUGGAAUCGAACCUCCUCCUAUCCAUCUUCCUCAUUCUCUUCCUGGCCUUCAACCACCAGCUCUCCAGGCUGGAGUCCCGCUAUGGCUCCUAUAUGUUCAAGUGA